AUGGCGGCUUCGUGGCUCGCGUAUCCUCCUCUCUCAUACCCACUUCGCAGAUUCAGCCUCUCCAAGUCGAAGCACAUCUCUCCUCUGUUCCUCUGCUCCGCCGCGAAAAUGACCAGCCAUAUCUACCGUGUUCCCGGUCUCGACGAGGCGGAGAUGGACUCCGUCGCCGGAAAAACGUUUGAGAGAUACGCAUUGCCUUCUUCUUCUUCUUCCGCGAAGAGAAACGGCAAAGGAAUAUCGAUUGUCUGGUUUAGGAACGAUCUUAGAGUGCUUGACAACGACGUAUUGUACAGAGCUUGGGCUUCCUCCGAUACCCUUUUGCCUGUUUACUGUCUCGAUCCUCGUCUCUUCCUCACUACUCAUUUCUUCGACUUCCCUAAAACCGGAGCUUUAAGAGGUCGUUUUCUUAUGGAAUGUUUGGCUGAUUUGAGAAAGAAUCUGAUGAAGAGAGGAUUGAAUCUUCUUAUUCGGAGUGGUAAACCUGAAGACAUUCUUCCUUCUCUUGCCAAAGAUUUUGGAGCUCAUACAGUAUUUGCUCAUAAAGAAACGUGCAGCGAGGAGCUCAAGGUUGAAAGACUUGUGAGUCAAGCUUUGAAAGGGGUUGGGAAUGGUACUAAGCUUGAGCUCAUUUGGGGAAGCACAAUGUACCACAAAGAUGAUCUUCCAUUUGAUGUUUUGGAUUUGCCUGAUAUCUACACUCAAUUUCGUAAGACGCUAGAAGCCAAUUGUAGUAUCAGAAGCUCAACUCGCAUUCCAAUUUCUCUAGGACCAAUACCUUCUGUUGAUGAUUGGGGAAAUGUUCCAACUCUUGAUCAACUUGGAAUUGAGCCACAAGAGGUGACGAGAGGAAUGCGAUUCGUGGGUGGUGAAACAGCAGGAGUAGGAAGAGUUUUUGAGUACUUUUGGAAGAAGGAUCUAUUGAAAGUGUACAAAGACACAAGGAAUGGCAUGUUGGGACCUGAUUAUUCAACCAAAUUCUCUCCAUGGCUUGCCUUUGGGUGUAUCUCUCCUCAUUUUAUCUACGAAGAGGUUCAAAGAUAUGAAAGAGAAAGAGUAGCAAAUAAUUCGACAUACUGGGUAUUGUUUGAAUUAAUAUGGAGGGAUUACUUUAGGUUCCUUUCAAUCAAGUGUGGCAACUCUCUCUUCCAUCUAGGUGGACCGAGAAAUGUGCAAGGCAAUUGGAGACAAGAUAAGUUGCUAUUUGAGUCUUGGAGAGAUGGCAAGACCGGGUAUCCUCUUAUAGAUGCAAACAUGAAGGAGUUAUCCACUACAGGUUUCAUGUCAAAUCGAGGCCGACAGAUUGUUUGUUCGUUUCUUGUGCGGGACAUGGGAUUGGAUUGGCGUAUGGGAGCGGAAUGGUUUGAGACAUGUCUAUUGGAUUAUGAUCCAUGUUCUAACUACGGAAACUGGACCUAUGGGGCAGGAGUUGGAAAUGAUCCUAGAGAAGAUCGGUACUUCAGCAUCCCAAAACAAGCACAGAAUUAUGAUCCAGAAGGAGAAUACGUUGCUUUUUGGGUGCAGCAGCUUCGCCGGCUUCCGAAAGAGAAGAGACAUUUCCCAGGGAGGUUGAUGUAUAUGGACACAGUUGUGCCAUUGAUGCAUGGUAAUAAUGCUCAACCGUCUAGAGGGUCAAAGCCUGGUGGUUUCAGAGGGAGUCACAGUGGUGGUAGACGUUCUAAGCACAAUGGUCCUUAG